AUGCCGUUUCGCGAGGACUUCGCGAGCGCCGGUCGGCGCUCGUCGGUCGACGCAGACCCUGCUUCAUGCACUCCCUUCGCGCUGCCAUCCGACGGCGUGAUUAUCCUCGGCCCCUCGUCCACCAUCACGCUUACUGCCGACGCCCUGUUUACUCCCGCCUGCACCGCCGUCCCGACCACCUCGCGCGAUGCCACGGACGUGAUCGAUAUGCAGGACCCCUUCUACGCGUCCGUCGCCCCUCAAGUCUAUGCGACCGGCGCUGCCACUGUUAUCGCCUGGAUGCUCGUCAUCAUGUUACUCAUCACGCCCCGUACUUUCUUCGUCGGAGGGUCCGGAGGACGAUCCGGGCUCAUGGGAAGGCGUGGAAUGAUCAGCGGAGCCGGUGGAGGCGCAUCUAUCAUUGGUGUCGGAUCGCGGCCCUGGCUUCAGAAGGUUGCAGCAUUGACGGUUGCCAUCUCCAUGACCAUUGCCACGGCCGACACCUUUCGCAUUGCGGAGCAACAAUACCACGACGGCUACAUGGACGCCACCGCGAUCCGCCAAGAGGUCGUCGGGGGCCUGGAGAUCAAGAUAUCGCGCCUAAUAUCCGACAUAUUCCUGCUGCUCGCCCAGGUCCAAACAUUGAUACGCCUGUUCCCUCGGCACAAGGAGAAAGUCAUUAUCAAAUGGGUUGGCUUCGCCUUAAUCAUCCUGGAUAUGACUUUCAGCUCCAUAAAUAAUUUCAUGGGACACGAUAUCGGCCGUCCGCGACAGUUCAAAGAUGCCAUCCCCGCCCUCAGUUACCUCUUCGAACUGGCGUUGAGCAUGCUGUACGCUGCCUGGGUGCUCUACUACGCAUUGACGAAACGACGAUACGCCUUUUAUCACUGGAUGAUGUACAACAUUACUUUAGUUGCGCUUCUUUCUAUUGUUGCUAUUCUCACGCCUGUCGUGUUCUUCGCGACAGAUAUUUCGGACUACAGUGUUGCGGGUUGGGGGGACUAUUUCCGGUGGGUUGGCGCGGCCGCGGCCAGCGUUAUUGUGUGGGAAUGGGUCGAGCGUAUUGAAGCGCUAGAAAGAGAAGAUAAGAAGGACGGAAUUUUGGGAAGAGAGAUUUUUGACGGUGAUGAGAUGCUGGACAUCACACCCUCAGAAGAGAUCAAUUGGCCCGGCAUAAGGCGCGACGGCAGCAACAAGGACGACCGGGGACCUGGAGGUGGAGCAUUUUCCUCAGCACGUGGCUUCGGCUAUACUGCCAUCUCCCAGCGCAACAGCCGAGUGAGACAGUCUCAGUUCGAAGAUCAGAACUACAUUCCACUGGGCCGGGUGCAUUCCCACCCGCUCGGAACGGAAGGAGGAACGACGCCCGAGGCAGCCCGCUUGACACCUGGAGGCGGUCCAAGAGCCCCGCCUCCUAUAGCAACACCGAUUAGCAGGACAGACACAACCAGUGCAGACAGCACUGUGUAUGCUGUUCGCUACCACACAGCAACUGACAACACGCCGUCAGUGUUAAGACAACAAUCAACAGGUGGCGAGCACAUUCGGUUUGAUCUAGGCAACAUGCACCGCCGAGACACAGCGACAACUUUGGAUUCUCAACCAAUGGCGAAGGUUGUCGACCUAGAGGAGCAAGCACCGCCUCAACACACGAAGGCGACGGACGACACCUCCACCGCAACUUCUAAGCGCAAGAGUAAUCGAGCCGCGUGA